UUGGUGCCACCUGAGGCCACAGCGAUGGCGAUGGCGCUGGGCAGCUGGGGUGCCCUCCGUCUGCGGCUCCAUCUCUCAGCUCUGAAGUCCGAUAUCUACGUUCCCCUGACCUACUGGAAAGCCUCCUUCGGAAAAUUCUUCUUGUUUGAGGGGUGUAGCUCAGCCCACUCAGUCAGGAACUGAUCGACAUUAUUUUGCUCCUGACCUUCUUCCGUUUCUCAAAAUUGUACAGCCUCCCACAAAAAAAACCAGCAACAAGAGUCAAGGACAAAAAUGAGCACCUCAGUAACCUCCGCCAAAGUGGCUGUGAAUGGUGUCCACCUGCAUUAUCAGCGGACCGGAGAGGGCGAGCAUGCAGUCUUGCUGCUUCCUGGAAUGUUGGGUCUGGAAGGAAGUGGAGAGACUGAUUUUGGACCUCAGAUUAAAAACCUAAAUAAGAAGCUUUUCACAGUGGUUGCCUGGGAUCCCCGAGGAUAUGGACAUUCCAGACCCCCAGAUCGAGAUUUCCCAGGGGAUUUUUUUGAAAGGGAUGCAAAAGAUGCUGUUGAUUUGAUGAAGACACUGAAGUUUAAGAAGUUCUCUUUGCUGGGGUGGAGUGAUGGUGGUAUAACUGCACUCAUUGCAGCUGCAAAAUACCCGUCUUACAUCCACAAGAUGGUGAUUUGGGGAGCCAAUGCCUAUGUGACUGAGGAAGAUGAAAUGAUUUAUCAGGGUAUCCGAGAUGUUUCUAAGUGGAGUGAAAAAAUAAAAAAGCCUCUAGAAACCCUAUAUGGGUAUGACUACUUUGCAAAAACCUGUGAAAAGUGGGUGGAUGGCAUAAAACAGUUUAAACAUCUUCCAGAUGGUAGUAUCUGCCGGCAUUUGCUGCCCCUGGUUCAGUGCCCCACCUUAAUUAUACAUGGUGAAAAGGAUCCUCUAGUCCCACGUUUUCAUGCUGACUUCAUACACAAACACGUGAAGGGGUCACGGUUGCAUCUGAUGCCAGAAGGCAAACACAACCUCCACUUACAUUUUGCAGAUGAAUUCAACAAGUUAGCAGAAGACUUCUUAAAAUAAAUACGUGACCUGGUGAUUCUUUAUCCUGUGGCUUGUCAGCCUCUUGCUGCCUCUGGCCCCCACCCUGCAUGUCACACCUCAGCUCCCCUUCCCCCGGGCUUUUAUUCCUCCCCACAGCUGUUCCUAAUCCAGCAGGAACAAUGACGUUAAAAACAUCCUCUAGCUUUAAUACAUACGAAAAUCAAAUCUGAUUUUCUAACAUUAAGCUGUGAAUCUGUACAAUGGUCUUAAAUAAAUUCCUUAUGGUGAUUUACUUUAUUUGCAAAUAAAUGUUAGAUGAGCACUUGCAGUGCUCCUGCUAUUUUAGGGCACUGUGAAUUGAUGCUAUACCUUUUAUCUGAGAGGUACAAGCAGUCACUGGUCUUUAUAGUUGUUUAUCAUUGCACAAAGCAGGUAAAGAAAUAGAAGAAAGUCCUUGCCUAAGGUCCUCAAUUCUAGAUUUUCACAGGAUUGAUAAAACUCCAGCAAAGAGAAGAAGGUUUACUUUAUUCUCAAAUCUAUUCACUCCCUUACCUUUACUGGAUUCCUUUACUUUCACACUUUGGGCCAGUGAAGAGGAAAAAAUAUUUUUUAUCUCUUUAUUAAUAGAACUAUUAAGUAACAUUAAGUACAUGGUGACAGAACAUGAUUUGACUUUGGGUGGUAGAUACAAUGCAGUAUGUAUAUCAUGUAUCAUAGAAAUGUAUACUUGAAACCUAUGUGAUCCCAUUAACCAAUGUCACCCUAAUAAAU